GCGAAUUGUUUUAGAAACCGAGUUCCCCGUCACCGGGCUGGGCUUCACAACGGACAAUAAAAGAGGAACGGUGCAUCUGUUCUGCGUCACGACCGACUCCAUCUACCUACUGGAUGUGACCAAUGUUAAGAACAAGGGCACGAUACCAAUAGGUUUGAUGGAGGAACAGGGCUGUGGGCUCAAUUGCGCCACUAUAUCCAACACAGGCAGUAUGGUCAUGGCUCGCCCAGAGGUUAGUGGCCAUGUCUAUGUUUAUGUGUGCGGUGACAUGUUUUUAUUCCGUGGCUUCCUUGUCCGAUCUAUCCUGCGUUGGGGAGACGCGUUGCCGCCCACCACCAAUGGCUAUUUGGUCAAAAUUGGUCUGUUGUAG